AUGUAUUUUUUAGCUUCUGAAACAGAGUUAAUUUCUGGUGGAUCUGAUAAACAACUCAUUCUUUGGGAAUGGAAUGGAACAGGAACGUGGAAUAAUCCGCUUGUCAAAAGCAUUCCUCUCAAAGGCCAUACUGAAGCUGUUUGUGCUGUGGAUGCUGUCUACCAGUCAGAUGAACCUGAUUUAAAUCUGCUGAUAGCUUCUGCAGCUUCUGACUCUACUGUGAGAAUCUGGUCUCGGCAUGGUUCAGAAGCUAAAUGCAUUGAAAUUCUGCAGUUUGGAAAUGGAUUUGUUAUGGAUGUCUGCUUAUCCUUCUUGCCUGGCAGUAAUGUACCAAUACUGGCUUGUGGUGGUGAUGACUGCAAAAUAAGUUUGUUUAUACAGCACAAUGGUCAGUUUCAGAAAACGUUAAUACUCCCUGGCCAUGAAGAUUGGAUAAGAGGCGUUGAAUGGGCAGUCUGUGGUGAAGACCUUUUCUUAGCAAGCUGUGCUCAGGAUUGUUUGAUAAGAAUUUGGAAAGUGUGUACAAAAUCAAAGCAACUUCCAGAAACUGAAGAUGAUUCCAUAAGACUGAAAGAGAAUGUUUUUACUGUCAAAGAUACUGACACAACAUACGCAAUCACUUUGGAGUCGGUGUUGGCUGGUCAUGAAAACUGGGUGUAUGCAGUUCACUGGCAACCUUCAUUUUCCAAAGAUGGCAGCAUGCAACAACCAAUGAGGAUAUUGUCUGCAUCAAUGGACAAAACUGUGAUCAUCUGGGAACCUGAUAAGGAGUCUGGAGUGUGGCUAGAACAGGUGCGGGUAGGUGAAGUGGGUGGCAAUACCCUUGGAUUUUUUGACUGCCAGUUUAGUCCAGAUGGUUCAAUGAUCAUUGCUCAUGCUUUUCAUGGAGCACUACACCUUUGGAAACAGGCUACAGUUAAUAAGAAAGAAUGGACUCCAGAAGUUGUGAUUUCAGGACAUUUUAACAGUGUAGAAGAUGUCAAGUGGGAUCCAGAAGGAGAGUUUAUCAUCAGUGUUGGUUCUGAUCAAACUACUAGACUCUUCGCUCCAUGGAAAAGAAAACAAGAGACAGAGGUAACCUGGCAUGAAAUUGCAAGGCCUCAAGUACAUGGAUACGACAUGCGUUGUCUGGCAAUGAUUGGCCGGUUUCAGUUUGUAUCGGGAGCAGAUGAAAAAGUGCUUCGAGUUUUUCGUGCUCCCAAGAAUUUCAUAGAAAAUUUCAGUAACAUCACUGGUAUUCCAAUGGAGAAGCUGUACUCCCAUCAAUCAUCUGAUCUUCCAGAAGGUGCAACUGUGCCAGCUUUGGGAUUAUCCAAUAAAGCUGUUUUUGAAGGAGAUAUGGAUGUUCAACCAGCUGAGGAUGAAGAAACAUUUAAUACCAUUUCAAAUCAGUAUCCUGAGAUUUAUUUUCAGCCCUUGAUCCUUACAGAACCUCCCCCAGAGGAUCACUUGCUGCAGAAUACCUUGUGGCCUGAAAUUCAGAAGUUAUAUGGACAUGGAUAUGAAAUUUUUUGUGUUGCUUGCAAUAAUUCAAACACUGUAAUUGCCUCAGCAUGUAAGGCUUCCAAAAAAGAACAUGCAGCAAUUAUUUUGUGGAGCACUACUUCUUGGAAGAAACUGCAGAGUUUGUCAUUUCACAAUCUGACUGUUACUCAGCUGGCAUUUUCUCCUAAUGACAAAUUUUUAUUAGCAGUUUCUAGAGACAGGAAUUGGUCACUGUGGAGGAAACAAGACUCAUUAGAGUCAG